AUGGCCUGUAAGACCAAUAAAGUUAAGUAUCUGUACUUGUAUAUGGUACUCGCUGUAGUUGUUGUACUGACAUUGCUCAGCAAUAGUCAGACGCCUAUGGUAAGGAUGAUCAUCGCUGGUUCUUCUGCUUCGCAGCAUCCACUGAGAGACACGCGAGUGAAACGGCAGUUGCGGUCAAACUCGAAUAUAAAGGAGGCAAAUCACGGCGGCGACGACGACGACGAAAGAGCGGGGUUUGAUAUGACCGUUUCUCCGAUUGAAAACGUGAUUGCAUCCUUGAAAGCUGCCGAUGCGCUUGAGCCCAAGCUAGUAGGCAUGCUCAAGGAUGCCAAUUUCCAGGAGUGGGCCAGGCAUAUGGAUGUAGCGAACCAUGGCGACCGUGUAAAAGCUGCAAUAGCCAAGAUAUCAAAGCUCUUAAAUCGCUACGGCGAAGAAAAGGUGACUUGGAUGCUAGAGAUUGGCAAGUAUGACCGGGCUACGCAACCUGUUGCCAAAGAUUUGACAUUGGGUCUGGCACUGAAGUUGACAUCGGAUGGAAAUAUCUACAGAGGCAUCGAUACGCAAGAGUGGGACACGUGGGUCUCAUAUCUGGUGAAGCGGUACGCCGGAGAAGAAAUCGGAGAAGAAAUCGGAGAAGAAGAAGAAAACGAGCUAGUGCUCUUUAUGCUGAGGAAGGACUUUGCCGACGACGAAGGUCUGAAAAAGUGGCUCGCUGCAGCUCGAACUGUCAAGGGAAAGGAACGUGCCAUAGCUUUGCAAAGAAUGCUUGAGGAAAAAGAAAAACCUAUUGAGAACGACACCGAAGCUCCAACGACAUUGAAAACUGCCGAGGAGCUUGAGACUGGCAUGGCCAGGUUUGACGAAGACAUGGAAGGCCUGUUGGACAGCGCCGAUUUCAAAAUGUGGGCCAAAAAUGUAGUACAAAAAUCCAAAACCGAGCGCGAUCCUGUAGGCGCUAAAAUGGCAACAGUUUCAGCGCUUAUAACUCGCUACGGCGAAGAAAAGGUGCGCAGCAUGCUAGCGGCCGGGAAGAACGUCCCAGCUACACGAUCUACUGCCGAACAUUUGGAAUUGGGUCUGGCGCUGAAGUGGACAGAGGAUGGACGUACGGGAGACGUUGGUACAUUGCUAGGAGCUGGCAACGAUGAUGUAAUUUCGAUUAUGGGGAGUCAGCUUAUGAAAGAUUGGACCUACUUCUGUGAGAACAGGUUAAAAAUCGACCCAUAUUCGCUGAUACUUAAGAGAUUUUUUUCAUUGAAACACUCCAACAAAUAUUAUGUGCUAGCCGCAGAGCUUGCUGCAGCGAAAGACGACGGAGCUGCGAAGAACGUGGCAACCAAAUUGGAAAAGCAUCUGUUUGAGAAGUGGAAGAUAGAUGGAAAGAAUAGUGACGAUGUUUUCGAGUAUCUUCAUCUUCAUCGCGCAGGCAUCAAUAUGCUUGAUAGCCCAGUGUGGGAUACUUGGGUCUCGUAUCUAGUGUAUUUCCACGUCGCAGAAAACAUCGGAGAGGAAGACAAAUACACGCUAGUACUCUCAAAGCUGAACGUGACCGAUGACUUGUUGGACAAGUCGUUGCAUGCAGCUACAACCCCCAAGGGUCUGGAUCGUGCCAUGGCAUUGGCGGCGGCGCGCCAGCGUGCGGAAUCGGCACGCAUGCGUAUCGAAUCACGAAAGAGACCUGGUAACAACGACGGCGAGGCACCAGCGACAAAGCUUCGACGAAACAACUGA